GGAGUCAUGGCGCUGGAUGCUGCUGUUAGCCAUGCAGUUGCCGCAGAUACCGUCUACAUUCUCGCUAAACAUGGUCAGAAGGUCUCCCACAACACCCGCGUUGAGUGGUUCAUCGGGAAUGUAAACCGUCGAAUUGUGUUCGCAGAGAGCGGCGCUGCGGGCGAGAUCGUGGACGAGGAUGAAGAUGGCGCCUCGGCCGACUGGAACAGCCUUACCCUUGUGGCGGCAUCUCCCAGUCCGCCAAGAGAUAACCUAACCAGCGAGUUGUCCUUCCCCCUGAUCUACACAAUCCAUCCACAGACCACUGUAAAGUACCUCGCCCACACCUACCGCAUCGCCCUUGUUAUAGACCUGAGCGAGUCCAUGCUCCAGCCGUGUGCAUCGGGCUUCUCCGUCCUCCAUCACGCCGUGAGUAGCAUCGAGGCAACCCUGCAGAAAUUAAUUCCAGUCUCCGCCAGUGUGGAACUGCCAAUCCCAGGGUGUUUCCUCAGUCCACUAUCGAUUUUCAUCAGUAUAGUCGGUGUUGUGCCUAAUCGGCAGUCUUUCACAAUCAUUCACGACUGGGAGGCUUCGCAUGAAGACAUCAAGGAGAUUAUAACGAUUGUAGCUCAACGUCUGUUUGACCUUGAGACCGCUGACUUGCUUACCGGCCAGGCUGGACAUGACAAACCUGCGACUGGUUCUCCUCUUGUGGAUAUGCUUAGACAUGGCGUAUUGACCUUGGCAAUGAAGAUGCCCGACUGGGCGCCCGCUUCCUUGGUAAUCAUUUCCGAUGGCUGCUUCACCACCGUCGACAUGUCUGAACUCGACUUGAGCCUCGCUCACCUAAGAGCGGCGUCUAUCCGAUGCUCCUUCAUCAUACCAAACAUCAACUCUCACGGAACCUCACCUGAUGAAUUGCUGUAUUCAAUGUCCGCCAGUCCGUGUAUUGCCCACUUGGAUCUGUGUCAGUUUAUAGCCCAUGCCACUGCUGGCUUCUGCUUGACGAACUCCCCUAGCACCUGGGAUGAUUUGUCGACUGCGGCGUCGGACAAGUGGAACAAAAUACACGAGCUCUUUCUGGCCCUUCGACUUCAGGACGACGUUGACAGCACACCGGAGAAGGAGGGUGACCUUGGUUGGGUGGCCUUCAAUGAAAUUUAUCCCUACUCACGCGUUGUUCAUGCCGCGCUUACUCAUGUUCUUGCAUCUCGCCUCAAGGACGGUUAUCGUUUGCGCUCCGUGUCUGUGCCUAACCGUGGGUCGUCGUCAUCGCCGCCACCUCAAAUUGGCCCGAAAGAUGACCAACAUCAGGUCGCAGUUGAAUUUCCGUCGAAGAAGUCCGCCACAUGGAUCCAAAUCGAACUGGCGCUUGCCUGGAAGCCGGGAGUUGUGUUUCGUCUUUUCUUAGCUGGAGAUUGGUUUUUGCCUACGGGUCAUCUGCCUGUGUCCUCAUCAACUGACUACACCCUCCUUCCAGCCAAUCAAACGACUAAAAACCGAUCGGCUUCUACACUGAGUCGUAGGGGCUGCUACUGCAUUGCAAACGUUCGAGUUCGCGCCAACUCCUCCUUCCUGCAUGGAGUUACGCACACGCGCCGCGAUCAGUCAAAUAGUGUCUAUCUGACCUCAACACUAGAACGAUUCGACUUUCACUUCCGCUUGCUAAAUCACGUUGACGAUUACCUUGAAAAUGUGUCUUCUUUCAAUCUGAACCCAGACAUCUACACAGUGCCAUUGCGCUACAAAAACGGUCUCUGUUCCGUGUUUAUCACUGCGCAAGGUGCCAGCGGUAGCCUAGAGAUUUACCUUUCUGGCAACAUGGCCGACGAGAUGGAACGGGACAGGGCACUGUCAACAUUUGUGCACUACUGGGGACGUCUUUUGACGCUGGAUAUCACCAACUGCUAUCGGUGGAUGCACACCGAGUCCAUCUACGUCGUUCUUGAACACGAUUCCCCUCUACCGUCAAAUCUCUUUAUUCCCGUCCAGAGUCGUCGUGUGACUGACGUGCUCACUUGCAGGCAAUCACUCACCCGUAUCCACAGCAUGCUUAGCGACUGGUGCACAUUCGUGCUGUUAGAAAACCACACGUACAUCCGGUUGGAGUAUCUCAACAAGAGCUCCACAGAAGAUGCCUCGAGUUCCGAUGUUAAAUCUGAGAACCUGGGCUAUGACAGCGACUCCGUACCCUGUUACUUUACGUUGGUCCGCCUCGAAUUGAAGUUGCCCGAGGUUCGAGUCCGUGUCGCUUUCACCGCGGGAGUCCAAUCAGAUUUCCGUCGUGCCACACUUGAGCAACUUUCCCUCCGUUUCCGAAUGCUGAGUUUCCUUCCGCGUGGAAGACAGGCGGUUCCGAAGUCGCGUCACAAGUCGGGUACGUGCCAGCCGCCCCACCUUCCCCUCAAUAAUAACGAGGCAGUCCAUGUGCCGCCCCUUCAGCGGACGUGGGGCGAGACCCCGUGUUGCAUGGUCUUCGUCUCCCAGUUGGAUCGUCUUAUCGUGGAAAACGGUACCUGGAUGAGUCCACGCUACCAUGUGAACUUCCGUUCAUCUGCUCCAUCAACCUCUUCCAAUUUUCCAUCUGUCAAGUCCUACUUUGUCAAGGGAACUGUCACGGAAGCGAGGUGCGAAGUAGCUCCAGCUCUUCUCAGACAACAUCUCUGCAAUUCUGGUUGCAUCUGGGUCGCACCAAUAGUCUCCAAGUCGCCCAACUGUGUAACGAAGAUGUUCUUCACUCUCAUGAAUCUGCGCAUUCAAGAGGGCUUUCAUUUUGUGCGCACUGGACCCCAGCCUGGGUUCGUGAGUUUGGCACGCGAGGUCAUGUUCUCCGUGGACUCGGCCGGGGGCGAUGUGAAGCAGCCGUGCUUGAUUCAGUACCAGCUGUAUCCAUUCCGUGUCAAAACAACGCGAGUCGAGCCCGGCGAGGAGGAGGAAGAGGAGGUGAAAGCGGCCUCUGAGGCAGUCCAGAAGUUACUAGACGCAACCAUGGCACACAAUAUUCCCAAAGUCUACAUCAACCGACUGAAAACUCUAACUUCAGCUCAGUUGAGCUCAGAGACACAGAUCGCCACUGAAGUGUGGAUUGAGCCCAAACACGGUCAUGCUGCCGACUUGCUGAUGGAAUCACUGUACCUGACAAACCUCUCCUACACCCAAGUCGCCGAGCGGAUGCUUCAACUGGAUUGCAUCUGUCUCUCCGCCUACUACACUCUUGAGAAGAUGCUCACGACCUGCCUCCUCAAGAUCAUCGAACUGCAUCGCCUGGUGAAGCCUGCACGUCAUUUAAAUGACCACCACCACGCACACCAGACGAUACCCCUCGAGUCGUUGUUCUCGGAACCAUGCCCAUCCUCCUCCCUCACUCAUCCUGCUGUGGCGCUGCCCUUCAAUCUGGCCAAUAUCACCGCGGUAUCGCCACGUGUGUGUCUCCUCUACCCCCUUCUACUUGACCCCUCGCUAAUUCCACAUACUCCGACGGCUUUAAACUACCUCUCCAGCGAAAAUGUGAUCUGCCGCCUCGUGCUCAGUUUGGUGCAACGCAUGCUUUACGUAACUGCCAUUCCCCUUUCGAAGGCUGACUCCACACAGUUUAGCAAUUACUUGAUUUCCGAGGAGACGAAAGUAACGGCAGCGAAGUUGACCCGUUUAUUGGCCAGCGAACCGGACGUCGAAUGGCAAUGCUUUGCCUCAAUCACUAGUCUAAUCGACAAAAUUCCUGGUAGUGGAGAUGAUUUGGUUCACCCCCUGGAUAAUCCAACUGAAUCCAGCAGCCUGGAGAUUGGCUCCUCGCCUGUCACCUUCUUUCUUCUUCCCUCCAACUUGAAGUCGGCGACGUCUGCUUUUUGCCAGGGCCUCAUGCAUCACCUCAGGCAGCGUGUAGUUGUGCCGAGUCGACCUGAGGCAUCCUUCCCCAUAUUCAUCUUCUCCUGCACGCACACCUACUUGUCUUUCCCAUUGGACGAUCGAUGGACCUAUAACCACCCCGAAACCCUUGUGAUCGACUUCUUUAGACACGGCGGCGAGGAUAUUCGUACGGCGGAUGGUGUUCAUUUCAUUGGCCGCGAGGGAUUGUCCGUGAAUCCGCCGGAGGACUUUGUGAGUGCUGCCAAGGGCAACGGACGAUUGACAAAAGAGCUUGACAAGCUCUGGAAGCGACUUCGAGACUCGGCUUUAGGGCUGUUAAAUUUGUGCGAUGAGGCAUUUGUGGAAUGUGCCCAUCGUGCUCUAAUUCAUGGGUUUAUGGUCUCGGAAGCGGCUUUGGGAAAUGUCCUUACCUCGGGACGCUUUUGCUGCGCUCUGCCGCCGAUUACCGUUGACGCCACAGAAUUCCUCUGCUCUACCUGCUCGCACUGCUUUGCCGUUAUGAGGAAUCAGGCUAGAACGCGGAGCGUCGAGGUAUGUGAUGACACUGGCGGUUCGAGGCGACGAACGCGGACUUGUGAGCUGCGUCCUAAUGACAGGGAUCGCAUCAAAUCCCGACUAAAGAGCGUCUUUAAUCAGCACUUCUCACUGGUGCCCCAAUUUCCUGCAUUCUUUUACUUCCGUGGAGACGAUAAAACGGGUCGUUGUAGCCUGCGCGGUCCGGCAUUGCGGUGUGAUACUUGGCCCAUCACCAUUCCCAAAGCCGAUUCUAAUUCCCAAGACACUCCAUCAACCACUGCGAUGGACCGCCACACGUCUGCCGGUGUUGCUGAAAGUCGUCAGGUCGUAUUCUCUGCUUCUUCCCGCUCGGAAAGUGAAACUGAAGACCCCAGGGGAGACCCUCCAGCUGAGCAUAUGGCCGACGAAGGAGCAUGCAGUCACGAUCCAAUGUCGUCAAAGAAGCCUCUUUUUCUGAAGGUUAUGGCGACGAUAACGCAUAAGGGGGAAGAGGUUUCUUUUCCGGUGGAAAGACUGCCAAUCUGUCUGGUCGAUAUUUGGCCGCAGUGCACCGAGGUGAAUCUGGGUGAUUUGAACCUCAGUGUAGUCUUCACUCCUCUCGUCUGGAAGCCAGAGUCGGCUGUUGCAACGUCCAUGAACGCCGAAGGCGACUCAGGGCCUGAUGCUCUGCACUUGGAAGCUCUGAAAGAGGCUGGAGAGUCUGGAGACAGUGGAAACACCUCGGAUUCAGCGAGUUUGUCGCCAUUUAGUGAGACAGGGGAGGAUACUUAUAACUCCAAUCUCACCAAGGAUUCCAUCAUUCACCGUCGUCCAACUUCCAGUUCGUCAGAAAUGUUCGAUGAGCUCACGCGCCCCCUGCAUUGGUGCGAGUGCCAGUUAGAGGUUAGCGAGAAUGCGACUCCGUGUGAAGUCUGUACUAGUUUAUUCAAUGCUGAAUUCGUGCGCUACCUGGACAAAGACCAGUGGAUUGCACUUCAGCAAACCGCUCAGAUGUUCCGAUGGCUUCUUCAGGAUGAGGUGGUUUGUUCUCUUCGUCUCCAUCAGCCAGUCUCCGUGCCUACUUUGGAACUGGUUCUGCGACAUAUGGAGAAUUCCAAGUCGCUCCUGCUGCAUCUCUCCCCACCAACGUCUUUCCCUCCACCAUUCCAUGUCAGCCAUUCUCGAACCAGACUGUCGAAGUCGUGCAGCCAAGGAAAACGCAGCCCGGUUUACCUCACAAAAUGCGGAGUACCCGACCCCCUGUGGAGCAUCAUGUCUGGCAUCGGGUGGGAGAGCGUUGAUCUUGACUUUGUCACUGCUUCCGAUAAGUCGAUGCCCCGCUUCAUCGCGCGCCUCCAAUCCAUCUCAUUCCGCUAUGCGCAGGCAAAACUCACGCAUUUGGGCGACUAUUAUUUUGUAAGCAAGGCAGGUCCCCUGCAGUACAUUCCGCGCCCACGUGCUGGCAGCGUCAAGGAUUUUCGGAUUCCACUGUCCUACCCCCCUCCAACAAAUGCUGAGGCGCAACAACUAGCUAGGAGCGUGUCUGUGGGAAAUAUUGAGGUCGACUUGGAGGCGCAGUGCUCUCAGAUGUCUCCAUCUCGACAACGGAAGUAUGGAUUCAGUUCCAUGAUGAAUGUGAUCACAAUGCAAGCCAACGAAGCCAGUAAAACAGCCGAUGCCGGGGAUUUCGACGUCGGAAAAUCAACACCCUCGGCUACUCCACACCAAGAUUAUGAAGGCGACUCCAGCGAAAUUGGCGAGGAGAGUGAGUAUUUUGAGUCGAUAACCUCCAAAACACGCGCGUCUUCAUUCGUUUCGAUUGGUCUGCAGCAGGCCACGCCAUCACAACACCCUGUUAUCGCUCCCAGCCUGUCUGACGUCGAGCCCGCUGACUGUUCGCUCCUCUCUUCUUAUUUUCCCCCCCAGGGAGACGUAGAAAUUAAGCCAGGGGACUCAGAGCUGGGCCCGCUCACCGAUGGACUCCCUGCGUUCUGGCUCAUCUUCCGCGUCGGCAGUUCCGUGGUUCAGGCGUUCUUCCAGCACUCAGACACACACCGCGAGGCCUCAGCUGCGGCGUCGGGGGAGGCCUGCCCUCAUUGUGUCGUUUUCCGUCGCGCCCUCGAAGACAUCAAGGUCGCGGUGAAGCUAGUUAACCAAUCCCUGCUUCUCGAUCGGCUCAUGCUUGAGCGUGUUUGUGAUCCCGCGCUUCUGCCCGAAGAAGAACACGAACAACCCCCUCGGACUCUCGAUGUUAAGCGACGAAACCCAACUCAUGGACUGCUUCGCUCGCCGAGUUUAGUUCAUUCUGCUGCCUCGGCGACCGAUUCUGACACCGGUGAUUUGCAGGCGGUUGUGAAAUCACAUCGAAAAAAACCUGACACUGAAAAUGCGACCGCAACUGUUGCCACUAAACGACAUCCUCCGGGGUCGUUGGCCUGUCCACCGAAGUUUACCUUCUCUGUGGAAGUGUCUCCGCGCGCCGUUUUUGCUGGCGAACGGGGCUAUCAAGUGUUACCGGAGGUGCGUCGUCUCCUAGAAAACUUCGCCGUGGUGAAUCGAAAAAAUAUGUUUGUUCUUUUUGAUGAUCCAGAGUCGUCAACCAGUGUACCUGCUGAAUCACCUCUUCAGCGUCGAGGCAGCUCAGCCAGCAGUUGCCGCAAUCAGGCUUUGUUCGGUACACCGCGAGCUCAGUGCUUCGUUUCCAAGGACUCCAACCAACGAAUUUUCUACAUGAUUCUUAAAGAGGUACCUGUAGAUAUUGGCAAUGCGCUUGAUUUUCCGCACAAGCUGUCCCAUUCGAGCUUUGCUCGUCGCGAAAGUCUUCCAUCCUUAACAAGCCCAUCGACUGCCACAAGUCGGAUUCAAAUCCAGGCCACACUGCACGGAAUCACUUCACCUAGUCGACAACUUUGCAACUUCGUGCGCACCCUGCUUCAGUCGCUGUUAGACAAGAUCGUGCUCGAGCGCAUGCAGCAGGUUCUGUCGCGAACUGUCCUCUUUCGUUUCGCUCCUUACGACUUCGACUUCCUGUUUGUCCGUCGCAUUCAUCAGCCGCAUCGUUGUCUGUUUUUCCGCCUUCCGGCCUUCCUCACGGAUGAGCUGCAGCCUCCCCAUGUCCCGUCUGGCGCGCUUAUCCUCCCCUUUUGCCACUACUUCAAACAAAACCUCCUCGCCUGCAUGACGUCGGCGAAACCCGAGCAAGAGCUUCUCCCCUGUCUCCGCAGUCGGCUGGGGCGCUGCGAAAUCAUGCUUCAUUAUCGCCGCCGAGGCGCCGGCGCUGCUGAAUUCGGACUCGUCACCGCAGUGAUUGAUUUAUUGAGUGCCACGAGUCUGGAGCCAUUCACCGUCACCUCCUUCUUAUGCCACCAGGAGUGGCUGCAUCACUGUUUCAAGGGGACCAAGUCUUGUAUUGCUGGUUUGGACGACUUGCUGGCGUGCCUCGAUGACAUCCAGUUCUCUGAAGACGGCCGUUGGUCGGGGGAUAAAAACGACCGCGUAGCAGUUCGUCUGCGACUGUGGGAGCGUGGCGAGCUGGACAUAAAAGCCCUGAUCCAGAAAUUACAUGCCCUCGUCAAGAACUCCGUGUACGACUUAGUUAUGGAGUAUUUUGUCCUUACGCAGCCCUCCUGUAACAUUGAGCUGCCGAUCUUCAAAAGUCGCUCCGCUGACACUCACUCUGAACCCAGUGCUGUUGUGACCGUACCUCUGCCCAACUCGGCCUCGAACUGCUUCCUCCUGGCCGACACUAUUCGGAUGCCUCCCUUCAUUUCGGAUACCCUAAUCCCAUGGCUCAACACCGCUGGCUCCGCGGGUAUUCCCAUGGUAGUCGAGCGAAGAAUUCAACUUGCCUCACUUCAAAGUGUCGACUUGCUUGUUAGCGAGCUGGUGACUCAGUUAAACGCCCUGGUUGAGAGUCGAGCUGGACCGUUAGGAGCGUGGCAGAAGUGUCCGCUGCUUCAGGCUUUGACAACCUCUCCAGUUAGCAAGACGGCGUCCUCGGGCAGGAAUCGGUCGCUCGCCUCUGCGUCUCCUCAACCCCAAACAUGCCCCUGUCAGCAGAACAUCAGGUUCUUCGCCUUCGAGUCCACCUCCGCGGGCCAAUGGGAGUCGUUUGCGCAGAAAGCCUAUCAGCCGAAUGAGGCGACCUUUGCACAGCCGACUGAAUUUGUUAUUAUUGGAAAGAAUUACGCCGUUUGUCGGUACCAGACGGCAUUGGGUUGGCCUUCGUGGGACCAAACUCUGACGCCGCCGAAAAGCGGACAUCACACUACUGAGGCUGGUUGUGAGCCGUCGUGUCGGAAAAUUCCCGUCAAACAAGGUACCUCGACGCUCUGUCUGGUCCACAUCCAACAGCGCGAGGUCGUUGUCUACCUGUACAACUGGAUGUGGGAGGACGCCGAUCGUCUUGUUCAUCGAGUCGAGUCCCUCGUCAGCUGGUACAAUCAGCGGUUUCAGCUUCUGAGUUGUCUGUCGCUGCAAAAGAUGGGUCUGUUCCAUUGCCUUCGAACGCCCAGUCACCUCGGACUCCUGCGAUGUGCUGCUGCGUUGGGCGAACACGUCAGUCCCCCCGAGCUCUCACCCCUGGCAGCGCCGGCGUCUACUGGUGGUGGUGGCGGAGGGUCUGCUGUGCCUGCGACGGUCGCCACGACUCCGCACAACCCUCCAGGUAGCGCUGCCGCCGCAGCUUUGGUCGCUCCGACCCCCUCCGCCCCCGCCUCCCUGCCCACCGCCAGCAUCCGCCGACGCUUCCUCGAGGGUCUUGUUGGUGCGGGAGCUUGUCCGUCUGAAGCGCUUCACGCCACCCUCUCCACGGCUCUCUCACCUGGAACACCGUCUGGCGGCGAUGUCUCGGUUCAACCGCAUCCCCCGCAGCAGCGUCUUCGACAGGGCACCACGGCGGAGGCCGACUUCAAUCUCACACGCCUCUACCAGUUUAUUUGUUCUCUCAAGGACUGCGCCCAGAUUCCUGCGCUACACACUGAGUCGGGACGCAUAAUCGACGUAGUGCAUCUUCACGUUGGACAGGCACUUCGAGCCAUUCAGAACGACACGCUUCGAGCCGGUCAACUGCGUCUGGUCACCGCUCCACUGAAGGCGUGGAUGGGCGGCGACUAUUACGUCGGCGAUAGCUCCUCCGCCGCGGCCACAACGACGACGUCUUUGAACCGACCAAGCCCCUCCGCAUCGGACCUCAGGGAUGGCUCGGCUCCGUCCGUCUUCUACUCCGCCGUGAAGAAAUUCGGUCGCACACUUCACACCGUCUGCUCACCGAUCCUCUUUUGCCCGCUGGCUCGUUCGGAGGCGCUCCGCUUGCGCGAGGUCGAAAGAUCAGCAGAGGAGGCCUACAGCAAAUUGUCCGAGAAUUCAGAGACUUCCGAGGUGUCGCUUACCUCUGCCGCCACGGCUGUGACCUUGCCCACGUCGCCUAGCAACCGGACGCACGACACCUCACGCGAUAUGACCUCACCUGUUCUUGCGCUUUCGGGCAAAGUAAGACAAAUGGCAAGUGAUUCGGGUGGCUUUGAGUUCUUGUCGACGGCAGAGUCACCGAAACAGGAGAAGCAGCGGGUCCGUCGCCGACGUCCAGUGGUGAGUCGCAGGAGCAGAGUUCGGCGACCUUCAGGGAGGGUUCCACAACCGACCGGACCACUGGCAGCUCCUAGCGAACAGCCCGCAUGGAUGCAGCAGGCGGGUGACGCGCUUCUGCAGGAAUUCAUCGCCUACAUGACCCGCCAGAUGCACUUUUACGUCAUCAAGUGCUCCCUCGAUGGUGACAAUGAGCCUUGGUCCUGCAAGAUGAAGCACCCCUACGCCCUGCUCCAACGCUCCGUCAAAAUGGCGGGCAUCCACUUACUCGAGGUCUUCAUCCGGCACUCGCUGUUUUGUGUGCGCCUGAAGGCGGUGGAGUUGUGUCGUUUCACGCGGGCGGCCUCGCGCGGCAUCGUGACAGGCCCCCUGGCCGCCGAACAGGUCGGUCGAGCAGCGGCUGCGGCCGCGGUCAAAAUCACCUCCGCCAUAAUCGCCGCCGACGAGUGCCAACAGCGCCGAAACACCGUCGCCGCCUCCCCACCCUCCAACGCCUCGGUCGCCUCCCCGUCCAAUCCGUACGCAAUCAAGUGGGAGGAGUCCAGCCGCCUCUGUGAUUGCGUCCACCUGCACUCCUUCCUCUACGACUUCUACCUCAGGAAUGUCGAUGUGUUUUUGAAAAGGCAAUCGGAGCUGAUAGGCCAGCGUAUUCAAGUGCCCAGCCUGACGUGGUCGCUGGCACAGCCGCCCAAGCAACAGCGCGCGUUUUCUCAGGUAGCGCCACGCGCGUCUCGACCCAAUGUACCCCUUCGACACCCCUUCCUGCCCGCCACCUACCCGAUUGUCGCCUUUUUGUGCGACCUCAGCGUGAUUUCGCCGCUGGCACCGGUGUUCGCGCGUGGCACCUUCACGCGUCUGCGGAUGCGCCUGCCUGUGGACUCGCGGAUCAAACCGGAGCAAGUGUUCGAGCACCUCAUCGAGGAGCGACAGGCCUACGGCUUCAAGGCAUUCGACCUCGGUGUGAACUCGUCUUUUCCAACGUACGAUCGCUUUGGGUUUUGCAACUUCUCCUUGGCUCAAGGACAACCUCUCACGGCAACUCCCGACUGCCAGAGGCGGGUGUCCAUGUCGCGGCAGUUCUCCCAUCGAACUUCCACCAACACCACCAUCCUCCAACCCUCCGAUUCAGCCCUUCUUAUCGCCUCGCAAUCCGUCGCCGUCCCUCCCUCAAACGACUCAGACGUCGUCACCUUCAACAACAGCUACGACGAUAGCAGCUCCAGCUCCGGUGGAGAGUUGUGCAGUGUCGGGGAGGUCGAGGAAGAAGAGGAAGACGAGGGAAACGUGGAGUUUGCAGAAGCCAUGCUGAGAAAACGACCACGCCACAAGACCUCAGUCGACUCCUUCAUGCCGCAAAUCAGACUGCCGACGCUGAAACACUUCUCGGUCGCGUGCGCAGGCUUCUUGGAUCCUCCGGUAGACGACGGCUGUGACAGCGACGACGAGGACGUGGAGCGAACUGGGCGACCCAUCGAGUUGUCCAUCUUCGUCAUCCUCACCGAUCAGUGCAGGCUUUUUCCCCGCGCCAGACUCUCUUCCCUCCCAGACGGUUUAACCUCUGAGCGCUCAUCGGCUCGUCGCCAGUGUUGCCCUUCGUUUGUUAUUCCUCCUCGCCCCCCUUUCCCUCAAAUAACCGUCGCCUUCACCCUCCUCCUCAAACUUUUUUCCUUCCAGCACCAGACACCGGUGCAGUGGCCAGCGAUUCGACCGGGUCUGAGCUCCGAGAACGACCUCAACACCCUCUCGCCGAAACUCGUGCGCUCCGGCAGUCAGGAGGGCGCGCCCGACAUUCGGGGUGAGUUCUUCUUCUUCUUCUGUGUGGAAUCGUCAAGACCUGAAGGGUGUGAAGCUUCUGUUUUGACCUUCCCACUGGUUAGUGGAAGUCGCCGUCGUCACACCUCCAUGAUGAUUCGUAGAAGCGGUGACUCGGUGACAGGUUCGGACGCCGCCGCCGUCGUCGCCUAUGGAAAGGGUGCUCCACGCAAACCGACGACCAGUACCUCCCAAUAUCCUGGUGACACGGUGGUUCUACAAGGCGACCCGGGUCUGCGCUGGAAGAUCUCCUACCUCGGUGUUUGGCCCUCGCACCAAAUCGAGCUGCGCCGCGCGCUGAAGCUCGUCCGACAGGCUUGGUUCAUUAGCCUGCCCCACAUUGUUAACUCCGCCAUGAUUAACUGCCACAAAAACCUUCUUUGGUACCGUCUUUUCGACCCGCAGUACUUCCCCCGACCAGCCAAGGAAGACGAAGAGGAGGAGGAGGAGGUGGAAGAAGCACAAAAAUCUACCGCUAAUUCAUCGCCUGAAAUUGGUGAGGAGGUGGCCAGUCUCUAUGGUAGCUCCACCGAGGGUGGUCAAUUCGCUCAUAAAGGGCUUUCAAGUGAAGAAUUCCAGGACUUGCUCAACUCCGCGCCUCUCAAACUGGAUCUGCUUCGGCUGGAUCCACGACUUACUGAACUGCUGAAGCUAAGUGGAAAACACCUGACGUCGUCCCUAGUGCGGCGAAUAAACUCGGCGUGGUGGGCGGAGGCGUCGCAGGCAACCACUAACGCGAUCGCGUUCUUCUUUGAAAGCGACGACGCUGAAGGUACUUGGGUGCACCUAGGCGUUAUCCUGCCGACGUAUCGCGAGGGAGUCAUCCACAUCAGUUGGCUGCGGGAACACGAGGCGCCCGAGGAACCACCGACAGUGGUUAGGCAGGAGGAGCGACCCGCGGAGAUAGCCCGACCGCUCCACUCCAAACUCUCCCUACUCCUUCGAUCGGUUCUUGCAACACGAGGAGCCCCCGUGGAGGGCGUUUCGCUGGAGGAAACCACUGGAGACUCCGCCACGCGUUUGCGCGAUUUCAGCAUGCGAGUGGUCUUCCGAAGCACCAGCAGCCUAGAGGUCUCUCUGCGCAAUUCCACGGUUACCAGUAGCUCUACGUACCCUCAGUCCUCUAUUGCCACCUUCUACCGAACACCCCUGAUGAACACACUCAAGUUCCUAGUGGAACUCCUGACCUACCAUAUCUGGCGUGAUCUACACACCCAAUCAAACUAG